AUGGAGUUGACUCUGCAAGACCAAGAAGACUGUCGAGACCUUACCAUGCAACUUCUCGAUCGCACGCUCUACGACUGCGAAGAACUGGGUCUAGGCACUACGCACACGGGAAGUCACGCGGACUUGGACAGCAGGCGGUGGAAAAAACUGCAGUCCAAUGUUGAUGUGACUGUGUAUGCGGAUCGGACUCUCAGUGGGGCUUGGCUCCCCGUUAUGAAUCGAGGCGACUGGGAACAACCCGUGGCAGUUGUUACGGUUGGGCGCCUGCAUCGCUCGCUCGAUGACUUGCUAUUAGCGUUCCUAACUCCUACCGUCGCAACGAUUCGACUCCGGGGUUUACUCAUGGGUCGACGUCCUGAACAAGACAUUGAGCUCGUGCCCAUUGUGAGCUCAACUGAAGCCUCUCCGUUCCAAUUCCUUGGGGUCUUGCGCUUUGUCAAUACGCAGCACUGGCCCUUGACCAUGUUCGUCGGUCCUCGCGAGAUGGUGCUCACACUUGCAACGGGGGAAGUCGUGACUGCAAAUGGAAGACGGUUCGGGUACGAGAUUGUGCUGUCCGUUCCAGUGCAUCGGAAGACCGCCAUGGCACGUACACAAGUGCUGGAGACCCGUGUGUUCUGGGAAGAACCGGAUGGCACGGUAGGCAUGUACAGCAAGCUCGUGGUGGACAUCCGCAAUCGCUUACCCGAGUCGGUGAAGCUCGGGAUGCUUUGCCGUGGCGUCCUGCGGUUCUGGAAGUUCAUUCCUCGCUGCAUUGAGACCAAGAAGCUGCGCUGGUGUCUCAAGUACAAACGCGUGUUGUGCCACGAGCUGCUACAACCGAGUCAAGUACAAGUCAUGGGAGGCGGCCUGGCAAGUUGUGGCGGAUGUGGAGCCAAUACGUUGCCACUCGUCGAUGGUGGCCCGAGGAAAAUGGACGACAACCGGUGUGGCCUCUGCGACGUCUGGCUCUGCUGGAAGUCGUACUGUCGAGCAGCUUGUCAAGUCAUGGCAGUGGUUAGUGAGGGCGCCAGCAUUUGCGAGAAAGAGCUCGCGCUGUGUCCACGGUGCAUUCUCUUUGCACGAAACGUUAGUGCAGUCAGCGUCGCGCGCUCCGAGCUCUUCGACGCUCGUUAG